CAGCUUGCUGUCAUGGGCGCUAUGAUUUCGCUGCUCUAGUUUUCAUCGAUAGUCCAUUUCCUUGAUUCCGUCCCGCCAUACGGCGAGCAAACUCCCCCGGUGAUUCAUAUCUCGAUCCUCGCUGCCCCCGGCGUGCGUAUAAAUAACAAAGCCUCCUUGCUCACUAUUUUCGGGCUAGUCCAUCUAUCCACUGUGCGAUGCUCGCCUCAUAUCUCGUCGCAGUAGCCCUACUAUGGACUCUGCCCGUGUCAAGCACGCCAGUCACGCUCUACGAUGUGUCCCUCGCGCUAGUUCCAACGCCGACGCAGCUGAGCGGGAUCAUCCUCCCUGAACAAGCCACCCUGUCGCUUUCCGCCGGGGGGACUGACGCCGCGCACGCGACGACAUACGUCGCGGUCAUCGGGCCGGCUAACAGCGCGUCAGCGGUGCAGACCGUGAACGGUCUCCCCGUCACGUUUCCGACCAUCACAGAAACCUUUAUCGAAGGCCCGACCGGCCUCGUGCAAUACGAGACCCUUCUCCCCAGCGUCACACUCGCGCUGAGCUGCCACUGGGCGACCGCGAGACCGGGCGCCGCAGCGCCGUGCGGUAUCGCGGUCGAGGCUGGCGGCACGACCGCGGCUACGACCUCUUUCACCGGCACGCUGACCCCGUUGACGACGCUGGGCGCGGGGCCGAGCUUCGUUAUCGCGUCGGCAGUCAGUGCCAGUGCGCGGAGUCCGACAGGGGGCGCUGGGGCCCUGCGGGGGUCGGGGCUGGCGGUGGCGGGUGUGGCCGGGUUGGUUGUGUUUGCGCUGCAGAGUGUCGUAUGAGGGGAAGCGAAUGGUGCUCUGCCGUUCGUUUAUAUUGAAACGAUAGAUUCAGGGAUUUAUCAUCGAAUUCGCUGCGCGUUGACACCGCGCGCUGAUUAGAUAAGAAUGACUAGGCUCAACUGCUGGCUUGCGAACACCCUUCAAGAAAUAAAUACACAGCUGCGACGCGCCCUGAUUU